AUGAACGCACCGCUGGACGGCCUGUCGGUGAGCUCGUCCUCCACCGGCUCGGGGGGCUCGGCGGCCGGGGCGGGCGGCGGCGGCGGCGGGGGCGCGGGGCUGCGGCUUCUGUCUGCCAACGUGCGCCAGCUGCACCAGGCGCUGACGGCGCUGCUGAGCGAGGCGGAGCGGGAGCAGUUCACGCACUGCCUGAACGCGUACCACGCGCGCCGCAACGUCUUCGACCUGGUGCGCACCCUGCGCGUGCUGCUGGACAGCCCGGUCAAGCGGCGCCUGCUGCCCAUGCUGCGCCUGGUCAUCCCGCGCUCCGACCAGCUGCUCUUCGACCAGUACACAGCCGAGGGCCUCUACCUGCCCGCCACCACCCCCUACCGGCAGCCCGCCUGGGGCGGCCCCGACGGUGCGGGGCCGGGGGAGGUGCGCCUGGUGAGCCUGCGGCGCGCCAAGGCCCACGAGGGCUUGGGCUUCAGCAUCCGCGGGGGCUCGGAGCAUGGCGUGGGCAUCUAUGUGUCGCUGGUGGAGCCAGGCUCUCUGGCCGAGAAGGAAGGGCUGCGAGUUGGGGACCAGAUUUUGCGUGUCAACGACAAGUCCCUGGCCCGGGUGACCCACGCUGAGGCUGUCAAGGCUCUGAAGGGCUCGAAGAAGCUGGUGCUGUCUGUGUACUCGGCGGGGCGCAUCCCUGGGGGGUAUGUCACCAGCCACAUCUACACCUGGGUGGACCCGCAGGGCCGCAGCAUCUCCCCGCCCUCGGGCCUGCCCCCGAGCCACGGCAGCACCCUGAGGCAGCGUGAGGGGGACUCGAGGAGCGCCCUGAACCUCCUGCAAGGCGGGGAUGAGAAGAAGGUGAACCUGGUCCUGGGAGAUGGCCGGUCCCUGGGCCUCACAAUCCGCGGGGGAGCCGAGUACGGCCUAGGCAUUUACGUCACUGGCGUGGAUCCGGGCUCAGAAGCCGAAAGCAGCGGACUCAAGGUUGGGGACCAGAUUCUGGAGGUGAACGGGCGGAGCUUUCUCAACAUCCUGCACGACGAGGCAGUCCGGCUGCUCAAGUCUUCGCAGCACCUCAUCCUGACGGUGAAGGACAUCGGGAGGCUGCCCCACGCCCGCACCACGGUGGACGAGACCAAGUGGAUUGCCAGUUCCCGGAUUGGGGACACCAGCACGAACCUGGCAGGAUUUCCUGGGGAUCUUCCCACGGAAGGGACAAACAAGCCGGGAUUCUACAAGGGGCCAGCCGGCUCCCAGGUGACCCUGAGCAGCCUGGGGAACCAGACGCGCCUGCUGCUGGAGGAGCAGGCCCGGCACUUGCUGAACGAGCAGGAACGCGCCACCAUGGCCUACUAUCUGGACGAGUACCGCGGCGGCAGCGUCUCCGUGGAGGCCCUGGUCAUGGCCCUGUUUGAGCUGCUCAACACCCACGCCAAGUUCUCGCUCCUGUCUGAGGUGAGGGGCACCAUCUCCCCGCAAGACCUGGACCGCUUCGACCACCUGGUGCUGAGGCGGGAGAUCGAGUCCAUGAAGGCCCGGCAGCCCCCGGGCCCUGGGGCCGGGGACACCUACUCCAUGGUCUCCUACAGCGACACGGGCUCAUCCACAGGCAGCCAUGGCACCUCCACCACCGUCAGCUCGGCCAGGAUCCUGUCCCUCAUGGAGCUCACCUGCUUUCCUGACUGUGUUCAAACGCCUGUCACAUGGCUCUCACCUCUUCUGAGUUUGUCUUCCCUGGGAAACAGGAGGGACCAGGGACCAGGCAGGGAGCACGUCUUUCUCCUGUCUGUCUGCCCAGUGCCAGCCCAGGCUCUGGAAAACACUCUGGACCUGGAGGAAACUGGUGAGACUGUCCAGGGCACUACAAACACCCUCCCCGAUGUUUCCCUGGACGAUGUCAAAGCCCCGUCCGAGGGGCUGCCGAGUUACAAGCCACCACCUCCCCCGCCACCUCUGGCCCAAGGCCACAACCGCCCACACGCCCCGCCGAGGAAGCCAGGGAAGGAGGACCUCCAGCCACCGUCCUCCGCGUCUUCCCACUCGGGCAUCGUCUUCUCGGCUCCAAGAAACCACAGCCCACCAGCGGGGACCGCGCCUGCCCCGGGGGCCUCCUCAGCACAAGACUCGCCCUCCUCCCCCAUUUAUGCCUCUGUCUCCCCCGCCAACCCCGGCUCCAAGAGGCCCCUGGACGCCCACCUGGCCCUGGUCAACCAGCACCCCAUCGGCCCCUUCCCGCGCGUCCAGUCACCCCCACACCUGAAAAGCUCCCCCGCAGAGGCCACGCUGGCGGGGGGCUGCCUCCCGCCACCCUCCCCCUCCGGCCGGCCAGACCCAGUGGGCACAAACCAGCACUUUGUCAUGGUGGAGGUGCACCGGCCCGACAGUGAGCCGGACGUGAACGAAGUGAGGGCGCUGCCCCAGACCCGCACAACCUCCACACUCUCCCAGCUCUCGGACAGUGGGCAGACCCUGAGCGAGGACAGCGGUGUGGAUGCCGGUGAGGCGGAAGCCAGCGCUCCGGGCCGAGGCAGACAGAUGGCAUCUACCAAGAGCAGGAGUAGCAAGGAGCCACCUCGGAACGAGAGGACCACAGAGGGGGCCACCAAACCGCCUGGACUCCUGGAGCCCACGUCCACUCUGGUCCGCGUGAAGAAAAGUGCGGCCACCCUGGGCAUUGCCAUCGAGGGUGGCGCCAAUACCCGCCAGCCUCUGCCCCGGAUCGUCACGAUUCAGCGAGGCGGUUCGGCCCACAACUCCGGGCAGCUCAAGGUGGGCCACGUGAUUCUGGAAGUGAACGGGCUGACCCUUCGGGGUAAGGAGCACCGGGAGGCGGCGCGCAUCAUUGCAGAGGCCUUCAAGACCAAGGAGCGAGACUACAUCGACUUUCUGGUCACCGAGUUCAAUGUGAUGCUCUAGAGGCUGGGGCCCGGAGACCUCCCGCUGCUGCCCAGUCCCCGGCCCCGGUCCCUCCUCCCUCCUGGCACUAGUCAGCUCCCUGAGGGCCGGGGCUGCAUAGCCAGGGGUGCAGGAAGACAUCCCCCCACUCUUUCCCGGCCCGCUGGCCCAGAACCAGGAGAAGAGAGCCGGAUGAGGAAACAGAAGGUCAGGUCGGGAUCCGGUGCCAUGCUUGGCGUACACAGUAGGCGCUCAGUACAAGUGGUGGGAAGGAGAGAAAGUCCACCUGAGGCCUGCCAGGGUCUGUCUCCCUGGGUUGGAUGAGGCCACUGGGCCCCGUUCCCUGGCCAGCUAGGACCUGGCCAGUCCUCUGGUGUCUGAGUCUUUAUCCAUUGUAAGACCACCUGAGAAUUCAUGGACACGGCCCCACCAGGGGCAUCUCGCAGGACCUUUAGUGCCACAAAUAAGCGUCAAGCACCUCCCCCCAUUCACACCCCCUUUCUUCCUGGCUCCUUAUUCCCCCCAUAAUAUUUAUUAUUUAUUUCCCUCUCGUCACCCCUGGGGACCCCAAGACCCCAGCUUCCCACCCUGCCCCCAGCCUAUCCCAGAGGCCUUGCAGGGGACCCGCGAUGUUCGUGUAUUUAUAUACAGAGCUUAUGACUUUAAUUUUUCAAUAAAGAAACCUGAACAA